CUCGGGUCCCUUUUCCUCUUCCCAUCUCCCUCGAACUUGGUUCAUCCAUCAUCGACAUCUUUAUUCAUUCUCCUCACUCCCGUUCUUUUCCACCCUUCCGUCAUUGUCUCUCUUUGAGUCGUUCCUUCCGGGGUCGCCGUUCAUCAUGAAGUCCGUCUCUUUGCUCACAGCAUCUAUGCUGUUGGGCUACACCUCCGCCGAGGUUCACAAGCUCAAGCUCAACAAGGUCUCCCUUGAUGAGCAGCUGUCCACUCAUAACAUCGAUGCCCAUGUUCGCGCGCUGGGUCAGAAGUACAUGGGCAUUCGCCCCAACAUCCACAAUGAACUGCUCCAGGAAACCCCGAUCAACGACCUGAGCCGUCACGAUGUUCUUGUCGAUAACUUCAUGAACGCCCAGUACUUCUCCGAGAUCGAGCUUGGUACCCCUCCCCAGACGUUCAAGGUUGUUUUGGACACUGGUAGCUCCAACCUCUGGGUGCCUUCUUCGGAGUGUGGCUCCAUUGCCUGCUACCUUCACAACAAGUACGAGUCGUCUUCGUCUAGCACGUACAAGAAGAAUGGAAGCGAGUUCGCCAUCCGCUACGGCUCUGGCAGUCUCAGCGGCUUUGUUUCCCAGGACACUCUCACCAUCGGUGACCUGACCAUCAAGGAACAGGACUUUGCCGAGGCAACUCAGGAGCCUGGCCUGGCCUUCGCUUUCGGCCGGUUCGACGGCAUUCUCGGAUUGGGUUAUGAUACCAUUUCCGUCAACAAGAUCGUCCCACCCUUCUACAACAUGCUGAAGCAGGGACUUCUGGACGAGCCCGUCUUUGCUUUCUACCUUGGCGAUGCCAACAAGGAGGGCGAUAGCUCCGAGGCCACCUUCGGUGGUGUUGACAAGAGCCACUACACUGGUGAGCUGAUCAAGAUCCCUCUUCGCCGCAAGGCCUACUGGGAGGUCGACCUCGACUCCAUUGCCCUUGGUGAUGACGUUGCCGAGCUGGAGAACACUGGUGUCAUCCUUGACACCGGUACUUCCCUCAUUGCUCUCCCCUCCAGCCUUGCUGAGAUGAUCAACGCCCAGAUUGGUGCCAAGAAGGGCUGGACUGGUCAGUACACCAUUGACUGUGCCAAGCGCUCCUCUCUGCCCGAUGUGACCUUUGCCUUGAGCGGCCACAACUUCACCAUCAGUGCUUUUGACUACACCCUUGAGACCCAGGGCUCUUGCAUCAGCGCCUUCAUGGGCAUGGACUUCCCCGAGCCUGUUGGUCCUCUGGCCAUUCUGGGUGACUCCUUCCUGCGCAAGUGGUACAGCGUCUAUGACCUUGGCAACAGUGCCGUUGGUCUCGCUAAGGCCAAGUAAACGAUGGGUUCAUGAAGCGUAUUCUCAUGGUAUGUACGCGAGAAGGAGGGGAUGAUAUCGCAUAUAUUAGCUCGACCCCCUAGCGCGCAGUAAUCAUUGUUAUUAUGUUAUGGUUCAAGAGAUGGGUCAAAUUCGAACCCAGUUGUUGCUUUAGUCCAGGCUCUUCCCCACAGAUCAAUGUGUACUGCCGUGACUAGUUUCGUAAUCAUCGUGUAUGAAUUUAUACCAGUACAAUGAAAGCACAAUCAGAUCGUG